AUGCGAACCCACCACAUGAAGGCUUUUGUCAAAAAUAUUGAGGAAGAGGAUAUCCUAGAAACCCACGGCGAUGUCCCCGAUUCAAUCCGGGACCAACUGUUCGCGGAAGAGCAUCAUCGAUCACCCCAGUUGCCAAAAACCGCCUAUGGUCGUGCGGAGACAAACAUCUCAGGCCCAACUGACCUGGAAAUCCCUGGGCCAAUCGAAGAAACCGUGGAAGAAUACACCAACUGGCACCUAGAACAGGUGAACACAGAGAACUUCAAGGAGAACAUACGAAGAGCACGGGAUAUAGUGCUGGAAAACUGUCUUGAUCUUGGUCAGCUCCAUGAUCGUAAUAUCGGCGCGGAAUUUCUGGUGAAAGAGGACGUGAAAAUAGGGGUCGCGUACAGGUUUGUCAGCGAUACAAGCAAGUGGCUUAAACAGCGCAAACGAAAGAUGGCGGUAAACAAUAACGCUGUUUAA